GAGUGCGUGUCGAGUGGCCUAGGGCGGCUCGCCUUGCGAUGCUCGCGCCCUCCCGAGACUUCGAAGUGGCGGUGCUUGAAACCUUUGAUGCCGUGAAGGCAUUGGUGAAGAGCACGUUCGGCUCCUCCGCGCAGGUGCUGCCCUUCGGCUCCUUCGUGCAGGGCGCGCAUCUCCAGGACGAUUCUGACCUGGACGUGUGCAUCGAUCUGCCCAAGCGGUCCCUGGAGGGCGCAGCCCAGCAGGAGGUGCUGCGGAAGCUCCUGGGGCACUGCGGGUCGGCGCCCUGGCGUGUGGUGGAGGCGAGGCUCCAGAAGUCGGUCAAGGUGCCCAUCAUCAUUGUGCGCUACACCACCUCGGACAUUGAGGUGGAAGUGGACAUCUCCGUGGGGCUGCAGUGCCAGAAUCUUCGGAAGGAUUUUACUGACCGCCUGGUGCGCGCGGUUCUGGAAGAUAGGCCCAUGGUGGUGGACUUGCUGCGCUUGGUGAAGACCUGGGCGCGUCUGGAGCGCCUGCACAAGGCGUGGGACGGUUUCAUCAGCUCAUUGGGCUGGACCCUCAUCGUCCUCUUCUUUUGCAUCCAGACCAAAAAGCUGGACGAGCACCGGCGCUGGAGCAAGGACUCGGUGGGCUUCCUGCUGGCCAUGCUGGCAGUUCCGGAGCCAAGGCGAAAGUGCAAUCAGGCGUUGAUCCAGCAGCACUUGCUGGAGUUCUUUGUUUGGUUGUCAGAAACAGCGAAGAUCUGCGCAAGGGGCACUGGCAAAGCGGAUUGCGCCCUGGCAAUGUCCCUGGUCGAGGGUAAGUUGAUCGAGGUGCCCACAGAUGGCGGGGCUCCCCCCAUCUUCGUGGAGGACCCUGGGGCGCGCGUCUUCAAGAGCACCUCGGAGAACGUGGCGCGGUCAGCGCGGGCGAGUUGCUGGGAUGUGGUGCUGCAGCGGGCGCAGGCAGCCCAGCAGCGCUUGCGAGCUCAGGAGAGAGGCCCCGCCUGCUUGGACUCGUGGCUGGCGCAGCUUCCGAGGCCCGCGCCGGCCCCCAGCCCGGAGGCGCCCCAGGCGCCCGGCGCGGCCGCGCCGAAGGCCGCGGGCAAGCGCCCGGCGGCCUUCGGCGCGCCGCGGAACGUGCGGCCUCGGGUGGCCUGCAAGUGGUUCAUGAUAGGCCAAUGCUGGGACGGAGCGAACUGCCCCAGGAGCCACGAGUGGUGGUG